UCCCAUCCCACAUUUUCUCAAUCUGACAGCCGAAUAGAUCCUAGCCCGACAGCCAAGUGGGCGCCCGUAAGACCCCAGGUGGCAAUCGGUCGGAUGGGCAGACCAACACCACCCGGUCCAGUCGCACGACUGGAAGGAUCGUUCAUGACGUUUCUGGUGGUGGAGGGUCGCAUCUCCAGCCACUCCAUUCUCGGGUGGUUGACGGAAGAAGUUGGGAAUGGACGGCGCCUUAGGGUAUUGCUGCAUGCAGGAAUUGGGCGUCAUGGACUCAUGGCCAGGGAGAAGACCCCCAAAGGUCGGUUCAGAGGCUCGCGGUGA